AUGGCUUCCUCUCCUUUGAGAUCAAAAACUCGUCACCAUGCUCGAUCUGUCAGCUUACCUUCUACAUCUCAUCCACUCACUCCUGAAUUCGAUGAGCAGCUGAGUAGAAUAAGAGCUCCUGAUCAUGAAGCUACCUCUUCUUCAUUGCCAUCAAUAAACAACAGAUUGAGUGGCCUUCAAGAUUUGCAUGAUUGUGUCGGUGAUUUGCUUCUACUGCCACAUAUUGAACAAGCCUUGGCCCGAGAGCACAAUGAGAAAUUUGUUGAUGAGGUGGUUGAUGGAUAUCUAAGGCUCUUGGAUGUGUGUUCCACUGCCAAAGACGUAUUCUCACAGACGAAGCAAGAUGUGCAAGACCUUCUCUCAACGCUGCGAAGGAAAAGGGAUGCAAAUGACUUCCACGGAUACUUAGCCUCUAGAAAGAUGGUGAAGAGAACUAUCCAGAAUUCCUUGAAGGAUUUGAAAAGUAUCAAGAAUAAAAGUACCCUCCUUCCCAAGGACAAAGACAACGAAACUGUGGUCAUUUUUAGCAUGUUAAAAGAGGUUGAAGCAGCCACUCUUGCUGUGUUUGAAUCCUUGUUAUCCUAUGUUGGUGUGCAAUCAAGGCAAAGCGGUUGGUCUUUGGUUUCCAAGCUAAUCCAGCACAAGAGUGUUUCAUGCCAAGAUGAAGAAACAAAUGUGAAUGAGUUUGAGAAGGUUGAUGGUGCAUUGAAGGCAGGGAAAUUUGAUAGCAUACAAAAUCAAUUGGGGAAGAUGGAAUCAAGCAUUCAAGAUAUCGAAGACAGAUUAGAGUGCUUGUUUAGGCGUUUAAUCAAAACUAGAGUUUCGCUCCUCAACAUUCUUAACAACCACUAG